AUGGAGGAGGACGGUGUCUCGUCCGUCUAUUCGACCCUGUCGCCGACGUCGUCGUCCUUGGACGUGGCACAAUAUGCACAGCAGCAGCUGCCGUCACAAAGCCAAGUCGACCAGCACCUUCUGCAAAGCCAGCUCCAGCAGACCAAGUCCCCGCAGCCGCCACCGCCACAGGGCCUAGUGCCGCUGCAGCGCCCGCCCCGUCUUGUGCACUCGUCCUCGUCCGGCUCGACCCUCCCGUCCGCCUCGUCGGCCUCCGCCUCUGGCUCUGGCUCGUCGUCCGACGCCGUGCGCGGCCGGUCAUCGCGGCCGCCGAGCACACGCCGCCGCAGCAAGCUGUCGUCGCAGGAGCGGGCCAAGAUCCUCGAAGUGCGGCGCCAGCGGGCGUGUCUGCGGUGCAAGAUGCUCAAGAUCCAGUGCAGCAGGGAGAACCCGUGCAAGCCGUGCCUGUCGUCGGCGGUGCGCGGCUACGAGCGCAAGGUGCUGUCGUUUUGCUACUGCGUGCGCACGCGGUUUGUCGACGUCGACAUUUUUCAAAGGAGCGAGGCCGGACCACCACCCGAGAUCCCGACCUCCAUCCGCACCCUCAUGGACCAAGUCGAGCGGCCGACACUACCACCAGCCGUCGCGGAGUCUCCUUCUUCUGAUUCCACAGCGCCCGCCUCCGCCUCCACGCACGACCUCUUUGAAGACACGCUGCUUCGCUGGCUCACAAGCCCCGACCACGCGCCGCCCGAAGGCACCAGCAGCAUUGUCGCGCUGCUGUACGACAUGGUCGGCCACGCCGACAGUCUCCGCGCCGCCGUCGACGACCGCCUGCCCGCAGACUUUCAGACGUUUUUGUUUACGACGUCGCUCGCCCACAGCGGCUGGCGCGGCGGCGGCGGCGACGACAACGGCAGCGCCACCGCCACAGGCACCGGCACGCGCAGCGUCUCGCACCGGGACCUGUGCAUUGCCGGCCACGUCUGCGGCUCGCGCAUCGUGCGGCGGCUCGACCGCGUCCUGACGCCGCAGUUCCUGGCCAAGUGCGACCGCACGACGCACCGCGCGCUGCUGCUGCUCGUCGUGGGCGUCAUCCUCGGCGUGUCCUACAGCACGCGCCUCACGACGUCGCCGUCGUUCCCGCACGACCUGCUGGGCGCCGAGAUGCGCCACAGCCCGACGCUGUGGCUGGCCAUGAAGGAGCACCUGGCGCAGAUGCUGGCGCACCAUUUGAUAUUCCUCGGGUCCAUGCUCGGCAUCAAGCUGGACACGGCCGCCGAGAAGACCAUCAUCGACACCGCCGUCGACCGCUGGCACAAGCCCGAACGCAGUCUGUGGGCGGGCCUUUCGCCGGCCGCCGGCGGGACAUCGGCUGGCGGCACACCGACAGGCGCGGCGACAGCGGCGACAGCGGCGACAGCGGCUUCGGCUCCAGCCCCCACGCCAGCGCCGCUGUCCGACGACGCGCUGGUUGCCCGCACGUAUGGCGCCCGCCUCGGCGAUUUCAACACGGAACUCGACGGCCCGCCCGCCGCCGUGGAGACCCGCAUGGCCCGCCUGUCCAUUGUCGCCCUCAGCGAUCCGGACCUGCUGCAGCUGCAGGCCGUCCCGCCCAUGUCCGACGACGACGCCAGCGCCAACCCGGCGUCGUUUUACAACAUGGACGGUCAGGCCGGCCACGCAAACAACGUAAACGACCCAAACGACCCAAACGACCCAAACGACCCAAACAACCCAAACCGUGCCGGCAACCCCGGCGACGGCCCACCGCACACCCGUAAGAAGCGCUCCGUGUGGAUUGUCCGGCCGUACGACGACGGCGGCCACCGCGACCCCGUCAGCGUAUUUGCCCGUUUCCAGCUGCAGCGGGGGCAGAACUUGGGGCUGUUUGUGUGA